AUAUGCACAUUUCUAGCGUCUGACCCAACUUUUCACACCGUGUCAGAUGAAGGAUCUGGACCCCGCAACAUUACCACAGCACAUCAAAAACUAGCGAAGAUGGCAUCGUCCUUUUUUGCACUUUCGCAAACCCUUGGAGGAAUCACCCACACUAAGAUCAGUGAACUUGAAAAGCAGCGCACUAUUUACGAAUCACGAAAGGAUAAAAUCUUGGAACAGGCCAAUCAAGAAGAUGAUCGAACUGUAAGAAUCAACCUUCUCCUAGAGGGAGUUGAGAAUCUCAACGCUGAGGCUUUCCAAAGCCCUGCAGUCAAGAACAUCAAGCACUGGCUCAGUCAGUCAAAAUAUGAUGUUUCUGUUCCAAGCGAGUUCAUGCAGGCCCAUGAAGAACUACUUCGGUCGCACCUAGAGGUACCAAGUCGGAAACUAGCACUUGGCCACCUCUACGCUCGGCUCAUCACGGAAUGGAUGACUGCCUCUCUCAGCGACCGUCCGGCCUCGGAGGAAGAAACUUACGAGGUUUUGGAUCAACAAAAGGAGAGGCUGCAGCAGCUGUGUGACAAGUUUGAGCGAGUAGUCUUUGAGCCGUUGGAAACCGAUGAAGUUGAGAUUGAUCUCUACCUCAACGAGCUGUUCCAAGGUGAACAAAGUGAAGAGGGUGCCAAGUCACUCAAGGCUCUGAGAGAGACAAUCGGUGACUCUUGCCAACUAAUCUUUGGCGAAAAGGCGCCGUUUGAUUCCACGACACUCACGUGGUGUAUCAAUGGGCUACUCGCUGAGGACUUGCUCAGCGACCAGAAACAGGCCAUUCUUCGAGACUUUCUUGAGAAACCGGUUGUUUUGGGAGAGAUAGCCGAUGUCCUCAAUAUGCGUUUCUCCAAUAUUGACAGCUGGGAAUGGGAUGCUGGUGAACAAGGCAUCCCUGUUCUUCCAAGGCAGCAGUUGAACGGUAAAUACAGAAUAUGGAUGGACGAGGAUGUGUUGCAAGCAAUUCUCAUCCACUACAUUGGGAUUCAGUGUUGCGUUGCUCUCAAAAAGGCUCUCAACAGCUUCAUUUACUCCAAGGAUAGCUUCUGGAGGUGGCACACCGGACCAGAUCCUAGCCGUGAUGAGAAGCAGCGCCGCAUGUAUUACUUGUCCAGUGGAGCUACUACUAGCUCCAAUCUCACGAGCGAGAGAAAAAGGCAGUACAUAAAUGAGUUUUUCAUGUCACAACUACCGGAGGAUGUUGAGUCGAUUGGAGCUGGUGGCUAUACCGAUCCAACAGAGGAGCAAGACAACUCCAAGAAGCCCAACAUUAAACAGAGCCUAUUAAGAACACUCGCCACAGAGGCCACCAUACAGAAAACCUUGAAGGGUGAAGUGUCAUUGAUACAGACCGACCUGGAGUGGUUCGCCACGGGCUUGUCCCAUACAACCAUUUUUGCCACCAUGCGAUUCUUUGGCUAUACUGAAGGUGCCAUUUCGUUCUUCAAAAAGGUUCUUCAGGCGCCUCUCAACGUGCAGUCAUCCCCAGACUCGCCGUUGACGGGCAGUCCAAGAGUGCGCCGUCGCGGAGUGCCGAUGGCUCACGCGCCAGAGAAGCUCCUUGGCGAGCUUGUUCUCUUCGUCAUGGAUGUUGUGGUGAACCAACAGGAUGGGAUGCUACUUUACCGACUCCACGACGACCUAUGGCUAUGUGGCGAGCCACUGCACUGCAAAAGGGCUUGGGCUGCUAUGAACAAGUAUGCCAAAAUCCUCGGCCUCACCUUCAACAGGGGUAAAACCGGCUCUGUGUACAUAACAGAGGGAAAAGAGCGAGAUCUCGACGUUGCGAGCGCUUUGCCUGAGGGUCCAGUCCGAGUUGGGCAUCUAUCUCUUGACCCCAAGUCGGGGAUCUGGGAAAUCGACCGUAAGGAGGUAGAGGGGCAUAUGAGGCAGCUGAAGAAGCAAUUGGAUGGAUGCAUAAGUGUGCUGGAAUGGGUGCAGACAUGGAACAGCUGCAUGGGACGGUUUUUUAGUCAUACCUUUGGCGAACCAGCAAACUGCUUUGGUCUGCAUCACGUUGACAGCAUCCUCGAGACUUACCAGAUGAUGCAGAAAUUCUUAUUCCCCGCGGCGUCAGAUUCAUCUCAAAGCAGCCACGGAGCCGUCAGUCACAUCAAGCACAUGAUAAAAGAUCGCUUUGGGGUAGAUGUACCGGAUGCAUUCGUCCAUUUACCUGAACGCCUGGGAGGACUUGGUCUACGGAAUCCCUUCUUGCCUAUUCUGAUGAUUCGGGAAAGCAUUGCAAAGAAGUCUCCAACCUCAAUCAUUCAACAAUUCUUUGAUGCAGAAAAAGAGAGAUAUAAGCGAUACAAGAAGAACUUCGACUCUCUGGCAAGUGUUGACAGCCGCAUCAAUGAAGCUGUCAAGGCCGCAGGAAGUGCAGGAACCGUCAGCUCUAGAACAUUUAAGAACUUGCUGUCGACUGAGGAGCUCGAAAAUUUCUUCAGCAUCAAAGAAUACGCAAAGCACAGGGAGCUGACGAGUAAUGCCUUGUUGAAGGCUUACAUGGCGUUGAAGACUGUACCAGUCGACAUUAGCCCAGACUUGGACGCUGAUGUUUCGUGGACUCUUAAAUCCGCCCUAGGCGCCAAUCUAAAUAAUUCGGGCAGCAAGACGAAAGAAGUUCGGUGGGCAUUGCAGAUGUAUCGGGAUGUGUUGCGCCGCGACUAUGGAGGUUUGCGUCUUGUGGACAAAGAACACCUGCCGCUAGGUGUAUUAACAUUGCUACGGAGUAGAGCAGUAACAUGGACGAUGGUUCUGUAG